AUGUCUUUUGCAGUCACUAACAUGACAUCCUCAACGACAUCUUCAACCCUAUCGCACAGCUUGGCUGCUGUUCCCUUCGAGAGCAAGCUGAGCGAGCAGCUAUCCCAGCGAAGGGAGCAGAGUGAAUCUAGUUUUGAAACCACCUCAUCGGGCGACAAGAGCAGACAACUCGGGCCACCAUUACGUUGUUCGCCCAAAUCACGCUCGCUAUCCGAUGCGGCAAAACCCGCAUCGUCCACCCAACAACCUGUUUCGGGAGACAAUCGUCCCUCAAGCAAAGAUGAUAGUUCCAUCUCGUCGAUUCCCGCAACACCCCAACGUCAAUCUGCUCAACAGCACAGUUUAUCUCUAAAUCUUCCUUCGAAAGUCCCUAACCCCGCGUCUACGCCCAGCCGUGCCCCGCUCUCCCCAAAGCUCGAUUCUUCCCAAAUCUACGGUUCCCCCGGUUCGGUUCUCCCGCGUCGUUCCCGAGGUCUGGAUUUCUCCCGUGCCUGUACAAACCUACAUCACUCGAUAAUUGCAGAGUCCUCGCCGGAAUCGUCGCCCACAAUUGGCGGGCGGGGCGUGACGAUCCCUCAGCGCCGUGGCUCGCCCGGGUCGACCUCCAACCCUCCGUUCUCGACAUCAGCUCAAGCUGACCGCGCCACCAUCUCGAGUUCCGUUUCGAGUGUCAACAUGAUGGAGUCGGAUACCAGCAGCAGUGAGGAGGACGACGAGCCAAUGGACAGGGAUGAAAUGAUGAUCACAAAUACACCACAGGCGAACAAGAUGGGGGGUGGGAUGAAUCCUUUCGCGGUGGGAAACAUUUCGAGUCCUGGAAACGACUGGAUGGGUGGCUAUUCCCAAUCUGCAGCAAGUCUCAUGAGUUUUCAACGCGCCCGGUUUCGCAGCAAAGGCCGUAGCAGGCAUAGCUCCAGCAGCGCUAGUGGAAAUAGUUCCAAGCCCAGUCCUGGGCCGCUGUCUCCACCCGUGAUGAAGAGCAUUGAAAAUCCAAAUGGAGGAUAUUUUGGCUCGAAAACUGGUGUGCAACGACGGGAGAGCUUAAGCCUGGGACCUCAUGACUUGCGUCUUUCAGAUCUCAGUGAUGAUGGAGAGCACCGCGGUGCUCGUGGCCAUAGUCCUGGUCCAUCGCACUCAGAGGGCGGGCCCUUGGGUGUGAUACGACGUGCUGUGACUCGACGUGGAAGUUUAUUGCCUAAAACGAAGACCUUUGCCCGAAUCCGGGCAGCCCUCGUAGAAGAAUCGUCUCCCAUUCAUAGCGAAGCAAAGCGUGAAUCAGAGGUUAUUCGCCAGGUUCGCGAAAGUGAACCAACCAUUCCGGAAAAACCCCCAUCGUCAAGCGGUUUCCCCUCCGUUACACCCUCUAGACCAAGCGAAACCGAACCAGACACGGACGAUGCGCCUGCAAAAGCUGGACCUGCACUGAGUGAAAAUAGUUUCAGUGAACAGGCUCAUCGGAAUUCCCGGGGUUCGGAUUUCUGGAAUUCUUUCGACGAACGAUACCGUACACCCCCUCCACCGAUGCGUCAAACGGCACCUUCUACGAUAUCAGAGGAUGACUUGGCAAUGGCGAUGGACAUGACACCCUCGACGACAUUGGGAUCGAGUACUGCUGAAUUUGCCAAACCAUAUGAUCGACCUAGCUCUCAAUCGUCGACGACUCAUGGAUCUCAAUCUGCAGUCAUGAGCGAAAUCAAUCGCAAGAGACGACGAGAAGAUGACUUUGACCCGAAUCUCCUCAAAAGAAGAGCUGUGUCCCCGAGUAUGAGCGCCCAGAGUAGUCCAGUGAUGCCUAAUUCCCCGGUGGUCAAGGACACUGGACACAAUAUCUGGGGUCCACCCCCGAAGUCUAAUCUCGGCUCUCUUUUCCCAGAACGCCCCAGCACCGAGAACGGGAACCGAAAUACCCCUCAUAGCGGAACAUUGAAACGAGUUGGCCUUCAAGGCAUGACCGAAACCAACGACAGUUUGAUGAACAUGAGUAUUGAGUAA